UAAAAUGGCACCUCUAUAGCUUUUUAACUAAACAACGAAUAUACUCACAUGUUUUGCUGCUACGGGCCAACAAUACCAACGACAUACGAAUGAGCAAACUAACGAUGCUGAACAAUGCCGACAUCUUGUCUAACAUUCCACCGCUCGGUGGUAAGGAUAGUGCCCAGCACCGGGAAGUGGUCGCCCGUUGGCGUGUGCCCAUGUACGGCAAGGUGUACGAGAUCGAGUUCGAACACGGCACGGCUAGCGGGAAGCGAGUGCUGUGGAUCGAUAAGCAGGAAAUCUUCCGAAGGGACUGGAUGUUCAAGCUGGUCGGGGAAGAUAUGUUCAAGCUGGAGGAUAAACGAUGCAUCAUACGGGUUGAUCCAUUGCCCGGCUUUCGGUACAGUUACUCGCUGUUCGUGGAUGGCAAAUCGUACGAACAGUUCACUGAAAGCCAAGCCAAAGCGCUCAAAACGUGGGAAGCAAAGCUGGGUGAUAAUUUCUACCGGAUUGUGCUAGAAAAAAAUACCUUAAAUAUCUACGUAAACGGAAAGCUUAUUGAAGAAAAUGGUGAGUUCGUAGAAGGUGGAACCGAUACAACAUUCAUCGAGGAUAGCAACACGUUUGUGCUGAGUGCCCGAACAAGCGGUAACAAACGUGAAGGUAUAGUCCAUCGGUUGACGGUAAACGGUAUGGAGGUGUUUGAUUCCGGCACGAUGAUUUAGCAAAACAAUGGCUUCUUUCGGACAUGGUUUUACACCUGUUGUUGCCUCGGACAAAAGCAACAAUCUGCGGAGCGACUCAGUGGAGCUUUGAUUUUAAUAUUUUUUAUUUGAAAUAGUUUCAAUUUCAGCGAUCCGGUUUUCUGUUUUGAAGGUGUCAGACCCAUACGAUACUGGUUAGUGUCAGUUAUAAGUUAAUCGUAUUUGUUUGUAUUUUGUGAUUUUUUUGUUUUUUUUUUUGUUUU